GUGUGUAUUUCAUCCCAUGUUGGUGUACCCCUCUGUUCUGACGAAAAUCGAUUUAAUUCAUUAAAUUCAAAUUUCUUAAGCCAUAAAUUUAAAUUCUGCGGCCAUCUUGGUUUUUACCACCUUGCGAACUCAGCUCACACUUCUGAGUCACCCACCACCUCCUCACUCUAAAAACAAUCAAGAUACCCUCUGUAUUGUUCAGGGAUUUUUUCCUCAUCUACUAAAAGGUCAUUGUGUGGCAGACAAAUAUUUUCGUUCUCUAACGUUGUAAACAUGCUGAUUAUUGACUAUUUUACUAUACAAAUAAGUGACCAUAUCCUAGCUGUGAUUGGGAGGAUCGUUCACUAAACCUCGUCAAGCUUCUAAAUUAACACAGUGGUCAAAGAAAACAAUUGUGACGACAAAGGAAACUGCGAAUACCAUUCGGAUAAAAAAAUAGGAAAAUUGCAAUAAUAAAACAAGAUAAAAUUGUCAUAAGUACAUAAUUAUCCAUAACUCUGUAGGCUUCAGUCACCAGCCAGAAGCUUCAACAUGGAGAAAAACUCGUCUGUGGGAGCCAGUGAUGCGGCCCAGGAGACUACAAACAGCCUGAGGGAGGAGACAGAGAAGACGAUUACGCUGUCUGAGGAAGAGGCGAUGGAAGAAACAGCCACAACCUACACCAGCAGUGAGGCUUUCCAAGUUCUCCUACAUCAGGUGGGCGACUACGGAAGGUGGCAGUGGAUGAUCUUCUUCGUCACCUCCUCCUGCGGUAUAUUCAGCGCCCUCCAUAACUUGUCUGCCGCGUUCUUGUCUGCCACACCUGACCACUGGUGCCAGGUGCCAGGCCUCGAUGGUGUCAACAUCACAUUUGACUUGCGAAACGUCUCCAUACCAUGGGAGGCAGAGGGCGAGGCGGGCGUGGUAGGAAGGUAUUCUUCCUGCAGUUACUACGAUAGGAACUGGAAAGAAUUGGCGGCUAGUGGUGCCUUCAGUGGGGACACCCUCCCAGACCUGCCCACCAACGUCUCCACCACAACCUGUAACCACUGGCAUUAUGACCACUCCACGUACAAGACCACUGUUGUGGAGGAGUGGGAUCUGGUGUGUGAUAGACGGUAUCUUGCAUCUACGGUACAGUCAGUGUUCAUGGCUGGCGUGUUCGCAGGAGCUGUGGUGCUCAGUGAGCUCUCAGAUAGGUACGGUCGUCGCACCGUGUCGUUGGUGUCGUCCGUGGGGAUAUUAGUGUCGUCCCUGUGCGUGUCCUUCAUGACCCACUAUGUGCCCUUUAUACUCCUCCGUUUCUUCAUGGGUUUCUUCAACUCCGGAAUCUUCCUUCCAAACUUUGUUAUCUUGAUGGAGGUAGUGGGUGCUGAGGGCCGCACCGUCAUGGGCAUGCUAUACCAGAGCUGCUUCAGCUUGGGCUUCAUGCUGCUGCCGGGCAUCGCUUACUUCGUCAGGGAGUGGCGUCAACUGGAGCUCUGUAUCUCUGUUCCUUGUGUUCUACUCCUUCUCAACUACUGGUUACUGCCAGAGUCACCCCGCUGGCUCAUGAUGCAGGGGCGUGACAAGGAGGCCAUGAAGAUCUUGAAGAAGAUGGCUAAAAUAAACGGUGGGAAGAAGCCUAUGCAGAAGGAGGUGGACGCUCUGGUGGCACAGAUGAACAAGGAGAAAAGGGUGAGUGAUGAGAAGUCAGUCACGAGGAACCUGCUCAACUUGUUCCAGAGCAUCAUCACCUUGCUAAGCACUCGAAACAUGAGACGCCGGUGCCUGAUCAUAUUCUUCGCAUGGUUCGUAGUUAGCUUGGUCUACUAUGGCCUCACCUUCAACGGGGCCAACAUAAACGCCUCGAUCUACCUCCUCAUCUUCUUCUCAGGCCUCGUCGAGCUUCCCUCCUACUGCCUCGUCUGCUGGACACUGCAGAAGUUUGGUCGACGUGUCAACCUGUGUACUCUGUUCGUCAUCUGUGGGGCUGCCUGCCUCCUAAUCCUAGCAGUACCCAAAGACAUGGUCUGGCUCAACAUGACUCUGGCCACGGCUGGUAAGUUCUUUAACUCCGCGGCCUUUGCCGUGGCUUACAUCUACUCGGCCGAGCUGGUGCCCACCGGCGUCAGGAACAUCUCCGUGGGCACCUCAUCCAUGUGUGCCAGGAUUGGCUCUAUCCUGGCACCUUUCAUUGUCGACCUCCUGGGUGAGCUUCACUACACGGCACCCUCCACGGUAUUCGGUCUGUUCUCCAUAUUCGCUGGUCUCCUCGCUCUCCUGUUACCCGAAACAAGCAAGCAUAGACUACCGGAGACCGUGGCGGAAGUGGAGGCCUUGCCCAGGUAAAGUCCAGGAAGCCGUGCCAUACCCUGCUGGAAGAUCCCACUCUCUGGAACUCCACUUCGAGUGCUGGUAAAGUUUCAUUCGUGAGAGACCUUAAAUACGAGUGUAAUCUUGGCACAUUCAGGAUAAGAUAACACCGAGGUGUCAUGAAAGGUCGAAACAAAAAUGAAAGUAUGUAGAUAAUCAAUAACAACCACAUCGUAUGGAACGCAUUAUGAAAAAGGUGGUUACUGAUAUUGGUUGCUUGCGCAAGCAUGACUGGAUGGUUAAGACAUGUGCAGCACAUUGGUAAUUUUAUUACUCAGACGUUCCGCCGCUCAUCAAGCUAUUUGUUUGUGAAUUAUAGAAAUUGUUAUCAUUGUAGUAUAAACAGGACAUCAGGAAUGAAUGUCAUGACUUUAGACUUUGAUAUUGUUGGCCUCUGCUGAAAUAUGUACAUGUGUGCUUUGCUGCUGAUACAAACUUUGUAUUGCUCGACCAAAACUCAUUGAGAUUCAGCAAUAUAGUUAACGACAAACUAAGAAAAAUUACAUUUCGACGAUUGACAACAAACUAACACUUCAUGUUGAUCUUUUAUAUAAUUUUUUAUAUAAUUUUUAAGGCAAUAAAUCAUGUCCCCAAAA